CGCGGAAAUACUGACGUGUUCACGACAAGUAGCUAGUGCAGCUAGCUAGGUAGAGCCGGGCAGUGACACAGAAUCCGCAUCAGGAUGUCAGAAGGGGACAGCGUUGGGGAGUCAAUCCAUGGGAAACCAUCUGUAGUUGCUGCCUUUUUCACCAGGAUUGGACAGGUCUAUCAGUCAUGGCUUGACAAGUCAACGCCGUUCUCUGCGGUGCGAUGGGCUCUCACUCUACUACUCACGCUUGUCUACAUGAUCAGAGUCUACAUACUACAGGGGUGGUAUAUAGUAACAUAUGCUUUGGGAAUCUACCAUCUGAACCUGUUCAUUGCAUUUCUAUCGCCAAAAGUGGAUCCCUCACUACUUGAUGAAGAUGAGGGCCCAUCCCUUCCCACCAAGCAGAACGAGGAGUUCCGCCCUUUCAUCAGGAGGUUGCCUGAAUUCAAAUUCUGGCACUCAGCGACAAAAGGCAUCGUCAUCGCCAUGGUUUGCACAUUUUUUGAUGCCUUCAACGUGCCGGUGUUCUGGCCAAUCCUUGUAAUGUACUUCAUCAUGCUCUUUUGCAUCACCAUGAAGAGGCAGAUUAAGAGGAAACAUAGGAAAACAGACAGAGCUUUUACUAAAAUAAAUGGAUGAAGUGGGUGGCGAUCACACAUUUUUUUUCAAUGAACUUUUUUUGAUUUUUCUUUUCCUCCCAAUGCUGGGAAAAUGUCAUGACUAAAAACUGAUCAGCAAUGUAGUAAGGAAGAAAAACAUUAUUCUGUAAAAAGUUUGUGUUUUAAUGGGUUGUCUGGAUUUGUGUAUAUAUAGUAUAUAUAUAUUUUAAAAUAUAAUUUUUGCUUUGAGAUUUGUUUUUUCUUUCUUUUUUUUUUCCAUCCAACCACCUUGCUAUUUACAAGUGUUUAAAAUCCAUUUAGGUUGAAAUUGAUGAAAGCCAAACUGAUUAAUUGGGCUCUUGAGUUAAUAAAUUUCAUGUUUUUCAUGGAUUGCAUGUAAUUUUCCUGUGCUACAGUUUAAAAACAAAAAAAGUUGAUUUUAAAAAGUUGAGUGUAAUUUUUUUCCCACUCCAAUGCUAUUAAAGAGGCUGUGUCCUUUUGGAGCAGUAUACAAGUGU